AACACAAAGCAUUGUAUGGUAAAAUAUUUCUUCAAUUAUAUACUUAGCGUUGUCUACUAAUAAUAGUGCUAAAAGUAGGCACAAACAAACUUCGUUCCAAUAGACUACAGACAAAUACCUUACGAACACUACUCGCAGUUCUACACUAUUAUAAUAUCUUGUGUUCUUGAAUUUAAAAAAAAGUUGUGCUUGGUAACAACUUCGCACCUGAGUUAAUAACACUUGUGAUGUAUUUAUCACUUUGCAAUUAAAGUCAGAUUAUAAUUAUAAGAAAUCGUUAAAUUCAUUAACUAAAGAUCAUCACACAAUGAAAUCUGAUGAAGAUCCACAAAAACUAGAAGUGAACGAUAUAAAUGGAGUUACAAAAGAUGAUAAAAUGGCAUUAAACAAAAGUAAUAAAGACGCAAAUAACAGUGAUGAUAAAACUAAAUCUGAGGAAGAAGCAGUAGAUUUAGAAUCAAUUUUAGGUGAAUUUAAAAUAUACGGGUGGUAUCAUAUAAAGUGUGUGACACUAAUCGGAUUCUUGGUUUUUACAAAUGGCUGGCACGGUACGAAUUAUGUUUUUGUUGCUGAGAACGUUGAUUACACUUGUAAAUAUCCAACCUGUAACUCCUUGGAACUGAACAAUUUGCUAUUAAAUACCACAUUGGAUUUAAAGUGUCGAAAAUAUGAAAUUCGAGACAGAAACGCCAGUUGUAUUGAAGAUAAUUUUGAUAUUUCUCACUCGGUGCACUGCGACGAGUGGGUUUACAAAAAUAAUGAUAGCUUCGUUGCUGAGCUGAACCUUGGUUGUGAGGACUGGAAGCGGACUCUGAUAGGCACAAUGCACAGUACUGGCUACAUGUUAGGGCUGUUUCUAGUCGGGCCUUCUUCAGACAAAUUUGGCAGGAAGUCCGUCGUAGUUUUCACAACACUAGCAUGUGCAGUCAUUGGAAUGAUAAAGAGUGCAACAUACUCAUAUUGGGUAUACGCCUUUGUGGAGAUGAUAGAACCAAUAUUGGGAGACUGUUAUUCUGCUACAUUUACCUUAGCUAUGGAGAUGGUCACUAAGGAAUACCGCCCGCUGAUGCUAUUCGCAAUAGGUAUAUUUGGGACACUAGGUGAUGUUUCGAUGGCAACUAUAGCGUGGCUCUCACCUAACUGGAGAAUGUUCUUGAUAUACACCUACAUACCGCAGUUCAUAUUCAUUCUCUACAUAUUUUGGAUGGAUGAGAGCCCCAGGUGGCUUCUGAGCAAAGGCAAGAAAACAGAAGCCGAAAAUAUUCUUCGACAAGCGGCGAAGAUGAACAGAAUUGUCAUUGAUGAGAACAAAUUGUCGAAACUGCGAUGCGAAGAAAACUCAGGAAACUCCAGUUUAUUGUGCUUACUGAAAAUAACGUUCAACUCCAAGAAAUUGUUUCUAAGACUGCUCUGUUGUAUUUGUAUGUGGUUCACAGGACUAUUCAAUUCCUACUCGCUAAGCAUAAACUCUGUGUCAUUACAAGGGAACAAAUACGUCAACUAUGCCAUGACAAAUGCAACUGGUAUACCUGGCAGCUUUCUGGUUUACUUUUUACUUAGUAAAUGCCAUCGAAAAAAACCUUUGAUGUUUUCUUUUCUGCUAACUACAGUAUUUUGUAUUGCACAUUCGUUUCUUCCAUCAGGUUACACUUCGUUGUCCAUAUUUCUAUACGUUGGAGGAAAGUUUUCGGCGUUUAUAAGUAUACGUAUCAUAUACAUUUAUACAUCGGAACUAUUCCCUACGUAUACUCGGAAUACAAUGCACGCGUUAUGUUCCGCUUUGGGACGUACGGGCGCUAUUUUGGCUCCGCAGACACCGCUACUGAUGUAUUAUUGGCCAGGUCUACCGUCGCUGGUAAUUGGAAUCUUGUCGCUACUCACAGCAGCUGUGAUCACACUAUUGCCAGACACUUCAAAUGACGUAUUACCUGACAACAUACAACAAGCAGAGACGAUCGGGGAGAAGGAAAGUGAUUUGUGUUCGAAAUUAUAGAAGCACUUGUUAUUUUAUAUUACUAUUUUAAAAUUAUCACAUGUAUUUAUGUUAUCAUGUAUCAACAACAGCUUAAAAAUGAAAUAAAAUACAACCAUAAUUUUAGCAAUUAAAGUUAUUUUCGGAGUUUUGCAAAAAGUCACUGGCAAAAGGUCAAAAGAUCAUAAUGAAAAUCAAACACAACCUAUUCAAAAGCAGAAAGCCAUUCCUUUUAACGCAACUCACAAAAUUGUAUUCGGUAAGUGAAAUAAGUUGGUAAAGGAACUGUAAUACGGAGAAUAUUCUCAUCACGUUUGAUUCUCGGUUGAGACGGCGACUAUAUUGAAUCGGCUUUUGGUGUCAGCAUACUACGAUGCACACCAUUAUUGUAACUGGAGAAAUCUAACUUGUUUUUUUUAUGAUAAAAGUUGAGUCAAAAUCUAUUUUAAAGGAGAUUAUAUCUUAUUGCGAUCGUCUAAAAACGCAUCGUUACUAGAUUUUUAAAAAGUUGUAACGGACUUAAUAUUGACAUCUUGUAUUUCAAUCAUACAAGCCAUAUUCCAUUCAUAGCCAUGGAUACUUUGAAUGGAAUUAGUUAAAUCAAGUCAACCACACAGAAUUUAAUAUACUUUAUUGCACACCACAUUAAUACAGAAUUUGACAAAAAUAAAUAGCUCGGUCGCGGUCCUUUCAUAGACCAAUACCUGUCAAAGCUUACAACUCCUAAUCAAGAUUACCAUAACCACACCAAGAAUAUUCCGUACAAGAGGAAAUAAAGAAAAUGCAUCAUACGUGAUUCUAAUACGGAUUCUAAGCUGCAGUGAACCUCGCGUUGCCUCAGCCCGAGCGCUGUAGUCCCGUCACGAUCCGGUGAAGGCGGCCGAUUGAAACUAAGCAACAUUGGAGCGGUGAGUUACGAUUCUUCAUGUGUGAUUGGAUGUUCGAAGAAGAUAAUAUAAAUUUAAAAUUAUUUUUGGAGAUGAUAGGUAAGUUGCUCUACUUGCAUAGAUUUUUGAUGGAGAAUGAAACUAAGUAGAGCUACUUUCCCAAUCUCAGGAUCAUGCAAAUAAAAAUGUUGUACAAUUGAACUCUAGUGAUGUAAUAAGAUAGUAUAAAUAAUAUACGAAAUAGCCAAAUACAUACUAUGGCAAUUCUAAAAAUAACAUAGCCAGCUCAAAACGCUUGACUUAAAAGUGCAAUGUAAAACAAUGGCUACACUAAAGCAGAAAUAAUGUGUCUCGACGAGAGAAUCGAACCUAAAAGAUAUAAAUUGUAAUAGAAAUGGCACUUAAGCCACUUUAGGGGGAAAAAACUUUAGGAUUUUAGUGAAAAAUACAAAUAACAUUUAUUUUAAGGGCUGCGGGGUAUUUGGUAGAGUGUAGGUACAUAUCAUUAAUCUUUCAGUUAAAAUAGUCUACUAACAGAUCCGUUCUUCAAAAGGAUAAAAUCUACACAUGACUUAAAUGAUGCUACAAUGAGAAUACAGGAUGUAUCUGCUCCACAAUAACUAAGCCAUAAUUGCCGACAAAAACAAUAAACUUUAACAUAAGGCUCAAAAUUCUUUUACUUAAACCACCUGAAAUUUCAUUUAACACCACCUAUCAUCGUCCAAAAGAUUACACUAGAUUUAAAAACAGUCUCAUCCCAUUCAGUCCGUCUUAUCCCGAAGCCACUAGCGCCACUUUUCCACGCUAAUAAAUUCUUAUCUUAACGAGAUUAACUACUGCAACUUUACGGUUUCUUUAACCGAGUAUCAAAUAAUCUAGGAAAGGAGUUUUAUCUGUAAGGAUUUGAUCUCGUUUCAGUGCGGCUCAUUAGAGCUGCUGUCUACCACGCGCGUCGGAUGUCUACCAGGGCCAAAAGAAGGUUUGAGUUACUAAAAGUCUGACACAUCAUUCCGCUCAAAACAAUGCAGGAGAAGUAUUUUGAUUAUUUCCUGCUGAUGCAAAAGGCAAGAGACAAAAGUGAAUGGUAUACAAGGUAAGGCCUAAUCCCAGUAGUAGGAUAUUCAAGGACGACAAUUUAUUUACCUUUGCAUGUUUUUCUUUUUUAAAUAACAUUCAUCCGUUCAAAUUUAACGGAUCAAAGUUAUUCCUAUCUAUGUCUCACCUAAAAGCACAUUUUUCUUUCGUAUUUGUUCGGUCUUUAGGGUAUAGGUAACCAGCUAUAGGUAGCCGGUGCUUGUUCAGGACAUACUAAUGACUCAGAAAACAUCACCUCAACCCAAUAAAUCAGCAUUCAGAUAUCCAACCUGUAUUAAAUGUUAUAACGUUCGUAAAUAGCCCACAAUCGCGCCAUAACGGUUCAACGGAUUUAGAUUAUAUUUAGCACAUUUAGCAUACAACCCAUACCUGGAUCAAAUGACAAUUAUAUUUGUUGACGCAGACAUUUUCACUAUCACCCCAAAGUUGCGCAAUUUGUAUUUAUUUGUAGUGUUUUCUUUAACAGGAGUAAACUCUCGUUUAGCUAUUAAAAAAGUGUACGCUUCAUGAAAUACAAAGCAAACACAAAAUAUAUACUUACAACUUAAGUAUAAAAGUAAAAUUCUUAAUUAACUCCGGAGUAAAUAAACAGACAGUCGUGAUCCAUUAAAGCCAAGCUCUCAAACCUUUGAUCCCCACAUAAACCUUUAUGCGAAUAAAAUGAAGUGAAAAUGAACUGCAAUUAGCUAAAUUGCCGAAAGCCCUAACGUGCGAUCCCGAAAAAAUCCACCUCGG